AUGGACUGCUAUUUCCGCCAGUCCUGGGUGGACCGACGGCUGGCGUUCUCCGGGGAUUCCCGGGAGACUCUGGCCUUGAGUAUCUCGAUGCUGGGAAGAAUCUGGAAGCCAGACACAUAUUUCUACAACGGCAAACAGUCCUAUCUGCACACGAUCACGACGCCUAACAAGUUCGUGCGGCUGUACCAGGACGGGAGGGUUUUGUAUUCUUCGAGGUAA